AUGGUAACUAUUAGAGCCGACGAAAUUAGUAAUAUUAUUUGUGAACGUAUUGAGCAAUAUAAUAGAGAAGUAAAGAUUGUAAAUACUGGUACCGUCCUUCAAGUGGGCGACGGCAUUGCUCGUAUUCAUGGUCUUGAUGAAGUAAUGGCAGGUGAAUUAGUAGAAUUUGAAGAGGGUACCAUAGGCAUUGCCCUAAAUUUAGAAUCAAAUAAUGUUGGUGUUGUAUUAAUGGGUGACGGUUUGAUGAUACAAGAGGGAAGUUUUAUAAAAGUAACAGGAAAAAUUGCUCAGAUACCAGUGAGUGAGGCUUAUUUGACCAUACUUCUAUUUUAUACUUCUAUUUUAUAA